GGUACAGCAAAUCACAGUCGUUGGAUCGACAGAUGGUAGUGCGAUCUCCUGGGGCGAUGGUAGGAGGUGGGGUGGGGGUUUGGAGCAAGACAGUACCUGUAGGGUCUACUGUUGGCCCUGCCAUGGAGGAGGAUGGGGGUGGUGGUGGAGAGUCAGGGGAUGGAACAGAAGGCGAGAGGGAGGAGGAAGGGAGAGGAGGAGAAGAUGAGGAGAAUGAAGAGGAGAAUGAGGAGGAGGAGGCGGAAGAUGGAGAGGCAGAAGUGGGAACAGCUGAUGGCAUGCAAGAGAACAUGAGAGAGAUGGAGAGACGCAUGCAAGCAGAGGAGACGACAGCCGCCGCCCACUCGUUCCUGGCCCCUGUGGCAUCAAGCGAGGGAGAUGGCAGCAGCAAGACUUGGAAGGACAUCCUCCUCUCUGUGAAAGCGGCCUCUCAGCCAGGGGCACCUGUUCCCGGCUCGGAGCUCUCAGCAGCUUCAGGCUCAGUCGGGGCAGUCGGGGCGCAGAGAGGACAUGGGCCCACCAGAUGCAGGGAAGCAAGAAGGUGCAGGUGCUGCUGCUCUGGCGGCUGUAGCGGCCCAGGUUGUAGCAGGAAUGCAUGGGAGCAGGGAGGAGGGAGUGGUUGGUGCUGCUGGGAAGGCAGUGGGGGCGAUUGGAGCGGGUCCUGCGGAGGGCUGCAGGCCAGAGGGGUGGAAGAGAGCAAGAAGUGUUGCGACUGGGGCGGUGGCCACUGGUUGGAGUGGGAGUGUGCAGGAGCAAUGGGGCGUGGGAGAGAGAAGGGUGGACAGGCAUGUUGCAGAUGUGCCGGAGGGGGAGGGCAGGAGAACGAGGAGGGGCAGUUUGUGAAUGGAUCAGUAGCAACAGGUGGAGCAGAACGGGAAGGGGAACAGGGAAGGGAGGGGAGGGGAGGGAGAGAGGAAGGGGAAGAUGGAGCAGUGAUGAAGGCUGGUGCUGUGGAUGGUGCAGUAGGGAGCGAGGAAGCCAGGGGUGGAGUGGCGUUCGUCAGCAGUGCAGCAGUGGUGGAAGGUGGUGGGGAGGAGUGGGGGGGCCAAAGUCCGAUGAGGGAGUUGCUGGGAGCAUUGGAGUCGCCCACCAGAUGGGCUCACCUGUGCGCGAAGAUGGAGUGCCAGCGACAGCUGUAUGAAGACGAUUCAAGAGCCACCCAGCUCUCAGAGCUGCCGGACGAAUUCAUCACCCAGAUCCUCUCUCACCUCACCGACCCUCUCGACUGGGCGGCAUGCCUCGUCCUAUCCAGGCGCUUCGCCGCCCUCUCCUGCCUCGCCCUGCAAACCCUCUACCUCCUCCCGAACCGCCUGCUCCCCAAGCCUCUGCUGGCUCGGUACCUAGCCUGUUAUCCGAACCUGGCGGCCCUGUACCUGCCUUGGAACAGCCUGGAGGUGGAAGGGGAUGAUGUUUUCGAGAUGAUUGUGCGAUCGGGGCUGGAGCUACAGGCGCUGCACAUUGACGUGUUCCCUGGGUAUAAUGAGCGCACCUACGCAAGAACCCCAGCAGGACUGAGCGCCCUCUUCACCUCGCUCCCCUCCCUCCGCUCUCUCUCUCUUUGCACCGGCCGUUUCGUCCGCACCCUUCCCACCUCCAUCUCCCGCCUUUGGCGCUUAGAGGAACUGCUUAUAAUGAACCAGUCUUCGAAGCUUGGUUUGCGGUCUCUUCCACCUGCCCUCGGUCAGCUUUCGAAUCUUCGCCGCCUGGUGCUCGACUCCUGCCUGCAGCUCGCUACGCUGCCCGAAGAUAUCGGGCAGCUGACAGGGUUGGAGGAGCUGGAGCUUCUGAGCCUGGAUUGCCUGCGCCAUCUGCCCGAAUCCAUCGGGCAGCUUCAGCGCCUGAAAUGGUUCAAGAUGUGCUGGUGCAUGUCCGUCCGGAGUCUGCCAGAGAGCAUCGGGCAGCUGAAAGAAUUGGAGGAGAUUGUGAUCAACAUGGCAGCAAGUGCAACUUGGCUGGGCACCCUGAAAG